CAUAUAGUAGUAUGCUGCGUAAUUCUUGUUUGUAAAUUAAGAAAUUACGUGCAAAAAACAAUAACUAGAAGUUUAAAACAUUGCCACAGGUGUUUUAUAUAUCAAUAGUUUCGAGUAACAAUAUAAUUCCGAUUGGUGUUCCAACAGUUACUUGCCAAGAGAUGUCGACCGCCAAACGUUUCAGAUACGUUUCUGAUGACAUGUCAUCAAGCGACGAAGAUUUUGAUGCUGAGUACAGCCCCAGCAGUUCACAAAAGGAAAAUUCCAGUUGCAACGGUUACAGAAGAAACCCAACAAGGAAGCCCAAAGUGUUUUCCAAGAAUGCUAUGAUGGCCCGUGAGAAUCGUUUAAAAAAGAAACUUUAUUUGGAAAGUCUGGAGAAUGAUUUAACCAAAGCAAGAGAAGAAAACAAGAAACUUUCCACAGUGGUUGACAACCAGUCAUUUUUAAUAGCUGACCUCAAAAAACAAAUUAAAUACCUAAAAAGUGUUGUUGCAAACAGUAAUGAUUUGGGCAAACUAAUUAGAAAUAUACAUCACAGUACAGGUAUGUCAGUAUCCACAUCUCUGGAUAAAACUUUGUCACUGAACUCUCAAUAUGUUCCAAAGCGAAGUCCUCCAAUAGCAAGAAAAACAGCUCAUCCUUGGGAUGAAUUAGAUCAGCAUCCAAACUGUAUGACUCCAGAGUCAAUUGAAAACAGCCCACCAGUUGAUUAUGGUCUGAGUGAUGAUUUUUCUUUAGACUUUCUCAACAGUGAUGUUCCUUUGGGAAUGCCAACAGAUCUGUCUUGUCAAGAUAUGUUUAACAGUCUAGAAGACACAAAUGAAAAUACUUUAAAGGAACAUGACUAUGUGCAAAAUCCCACACUUGAAGAAGAUGAUGAUGAUGAUGUGGGUGUGUGCCUACAUGUGUCAAAACACCGAGUUUCACUGGAAUUCUGUUCAACAUGCAGUGAUAAUGCCCAACUGGCUUGGUCAUCAUAAACAGUAAAAUGUCUGUAUCAUGUGUUAUUUAUUGUAUUAUUUUUAUUUUUGUAUUUGACUCUUUCCUUACGCUGUUAGUUACUUAGGUUUAUUUGUAAAACCUGAAUACUGUUGAGUUUUUUAAAUUUUCAGGAAUCUACUGAUUCAAGAGAAGUGCGCAAAUUCAAUGGAAGGCUUGCAGUAUACCUUCCUUGGAAUCAAUUGAAAAGUCUGACCAUUUGCAGUCUUUGAUGAUACAAUUUAGGAUCUACAGAAUGAGUAUAGUAUGAUGAAAAUUGUAUCGUUCCAUUUUUCAAUGAAAUUUUUUUUACAGAAAUCCAAAUUGUGUGUUAUUUAGUACACUUUACUAAAUAAGUUUGAUUUUGUGUUUCAGCUAUCCUUAACAAUGGACCAGUUGGGUGAUAGUGUUGCAGAAUUUAAUUUUAGUUUUUAAGUUUAGUCAGGUAAAAUAUUUAGGUAGUGUAAGGAAAGGGUAAUAAAUAUUUGUUAUUUUGUAA